CACAGCAGCGGUUUCAUUUAUCCCGCUGUCUUCGCUCACUACUGUAGCCUACAUAGCAAGCUGUUGCCGACAUCAAAGGGAGCUGUUAUUGUAUUGUCAGUCAAAAUUAAUUAACUCUCUGACAAGUGAAAUACCUUUAUUUGAUUCGUUCGAGCUCUGUUGGUUGUUCGACUAGUUUCAUGAGGACGCAUUUGGCCAGAAGCUCAUAAUGGAAAAUGAUCCACAGCCACCGAACCAGUACGGCUCUUUGGACCGAACAAAAGUAGACGAAGAUGCGUGCAGUAAAGGGGCCGAGAGCGUUGUCUCCAUGGCGGACUCCUCUGUCACGGUGGACGACAUCGAGGGGGAACUCUUCAAGAUCGAGAGGAUACGGGACAUCCUGGUGCGGCGUGAGUCAGAGCUGAGAUACAUGAUGGAUGACAUUCAGCUGUGUAAGGAGAUCACCAGACUCAAGAAGGAUCUGCAGAAGUUAAUCACAAUCCCUGACAAGGACAAAACGAGUGAGGAUCGACAGAAAGAGGAGGAGUUGCUGCAGCAGAUACACAAGUUGGUGGAGACGCGAGACUUUCUGGUAGACGAUGUGGAGUUUGAGCGACUGAGGGAGAGGGAGGAAGACAAAGAGAUGGCUGACUUCUUGAAGGCAAAAUUCCCUAAGAGCUACAGAAAACGCAAUGCAGCUGAAGACCAACGAGUGACCUCUAGUGCGCUGCAUCAGCAGGCCUCCUCGCCAUUCUUAACUAAAACAGGGAUCACACUCUUCAAGGAGUGCUGUGGGUUCACCUGUUCUGUCAUGUAGAGCAAGAGAGAGAUGGGGAGUAUAGGAGAGUUCACGUUUGUGAGUGUAGCUGUGUGUGUGUGUGUGUGAGAGAGAGAGAGAGAGAGAAUGGAAGGAAAGGUAAGAAA